AUGUUAUCUGCUUCGACCCAAAUAUCAAGAGUCAGGCAGCUGCAACAAGCGUUCAGUGUCCUAGCUCUGCUCAACAUAAACUGCAAUACUUACCCUGAAGAUGCCACAGUAUCCAGUGGUGACAUGUUUGACUAUGUGGUGGUUGGCGGUGGAACUGCUGGACUAGUGGUAACCACCAGGCUAGUGGAAGCUAAUUACAGUGUCCUGGUGAUUGAAGCUGGUGAUAUUCCUGGAGUAGAAAGUCUUGUACACAAUGGAAGUCUGACCAAGGAAGCGAAUAUGUUAUUGCUGGAUGAUCUCGGUAAACAAAUAAAACAGAUAAAGGAGGCCGGAUCCGAAGACAUUAUAUCUGACCAAAUAACAUAUCACGAUAUACAUCAAUAUAUCGUACUAUACCUAUUUAUGGCGACUGUGGCAAUAGCAGCUGCAAUAUAUGGACUCCUUAAAUCAUCAAACAACACUCAGAUGAUGGUGACAAUCCUACUGAACAUCAAUUCAAAAUCACGUGGAAGUGUCUCUUUAAGGAGUACUGAUCCCAAAGACGAACCAAUUAUAGAAUAUGGCUUUUAUGAUAAUGAAGAUGACUUAAAUGAAAUGAUAGCAAACCUUCAACAUUACACCAGGAUUGAAAACACUCCUUAUUUCCAAGGUUUUGGGUUGGAAUUUAUGGAACCAACACCGGACUGCAGGAAACAUGAGUUCGGAUCGAGGAUGUACUGGCGAUGCUAUGCUUUGUGCAUGAUUGCUCUGACAGGUCGCACUGCAAGUACCUGUGCUAUGGGCUCGGUAGUGGACACAAAACUACGUGUGAACGGAGUGAAUAAACUUCGUGUGAUUGGGUCUUCUGUUAUGCCUAAUACUUUGGGAGGAUCUAUUUUUGCCCCAGAGGUAGCCCUUGCAGAAAAGGCUGCGGAAAUGAUUGUUAACGAUCGCUUAAAUACCAUCAUCAUGUCUUCGGGCGUGACGAGCAUGCAAAUAGACCAAAUAAUCAACAUUCAAGGAGCCUUCAGAACCCUGGCUCUCCUCAACAUGGUUGGUUACUUAUUUCGUGAAGACGCUCCAGUUUCUGAUGAUGACAUAUAUGACUACAUCGUGGUGGGUGGUGGCACGGCUGGAUGUGUGGUAGCUGGGAGGCUGGUCGAAGCAAACUUCAAGACAUUGGUUAUAGAAGCGGGAAAUAAUCCAGGAGAAGAAAAUUAUGCACCUGGUUUACUAACCUAUAUAAAGAACUCGCGCAUGGAUUGGAACUUUACUACACCAAGUGAUGGUUUUACAGAUCAAUGUCACAAAGGCAGUGGAAUAUUUUUCGGUAAAGUAUUGGGAGGUACAGGAAAUACCGACUACAUGCUGUACGGACGCGGCAACCCUCAGGACUACAGAUCAUUUAAUGAAGACUCAUGGAAUUGGAAAAAUAUGUUAAAAUAUUUCAAAAAAAGCGAAAGGCUGGAAGACAAUGAUAUUCUUAAUUCACGAUACAGAAGAUAUCACGGUACCAAAGGUAGAAUUGGAGUAAUUAAAGAAAACCGUCCUGAAACCCAAGAGUAUCUGCAAGCCUAUAAAGAAGCUGGAAAAAACGUGGUUGAAGAUGUUAUUGGAGCUGGAAUAAUAGGAUAUUCUGGUGCUCUAUAUCACAUAGCAAAAGGAUCCCGUACGGAAACUGCAACUGCUUACUUAUCACCUCUUAAAGAUAAUCCUAAUUUGUACUUAACUCGAAAUAGCACAGCAGUAAAAAUAAUCUUUGAUGAGAAUAAAAGAGCUGUUGGGGUACAAUUUGUAAAAGAUGGUAAAUCGAUUACCGUCAGAGCAAUGAAGGAAGUUAUUGUUACAACUGGAGCUGUCAAAACUCCUCAACUUCUUAUGUUGUCAGGCAUUGGUCCUAAACAGAGAUCUUAUGGAGAAGUCACCUUAAGGAAUACCGAUCCAUUCGCAAUGCCAAAUAUAUUUCCUAAUUCUUAUACGAAUGAUAAUGAUUUGAAUGAUAUAGUGGACUACAUCAUAGACUACUACAAACUAAUAGAAACUCCAAAAUUCCAAAGCAUGGGUUUAAAGUUUGUGGAAGCUACUGGAAAAUGUGGUCGGUUUCAGUUUGGGUCUCGUCAGUUUUGGAGAUGUUACGCUUUGUGCAUGAUUGUGCCCCCAGGAAGGUUUGACUGUGUGACAAUGAACACCACCGCUCAAUUGGCGCAAAUAGCAAACGUCCAGAGCGCCUUCAGCGUCCUGGCGAUGCUCAACAUGUAUGGCUACAUGUAUCCUGAAGAUGCGAAGGUUUCUGAUGGAGACACUUAUGACUGCAUAGUAAUAGGAGGUGGCACUGCAGGAUGUGUGGUAGCUGCCAGAUUGGCUGAAGCAAAUUUUAAGACAUUGAUAAUAGAAGCAGGUCAUAAUCCAAGCAUAGACAAUAGCUUGCCAGGCUUAGUGACUUACCUUAUUAACUCGCAUUCUACAUGGAACUUCACUACACUGGACGAUGGGUUUACGGAAAAGUGCCAUGAACAGGCAGGAGUUUACGAUCGGGGUUAUGUUCUAGGAGGAUCUGGCGCUGUUGACUACAUGAUAUAUUCACGUGGAAACCCUAGAGACUACGAAAAAUUCUCUGUAGCGAGCGACGACCCUUCUUGGAAUUGGAGUAAUAUGCAAAAGUACUUCAAAAAAAGUGAAAAACUAUACGAUACACGUGUUCUUGAGUCACGUUAUGGACAAUAUCAUGGCACUGAAGCUGACAACAAGCAAAUGUUAUUAACAGUGUUGCUAAAUGUGAUUCCUAAAUCUCAGGGAGUGGUGAAGUUAAGGAGUACAGAUCCCUUUGACCAGCCGCAAAUAUACAAGGGGUAUUACUCGAACGACGAAGAUUUAGAUGUUGUUGUUGAAUACAUAAAGGACUACGCUAGAAUAGAGGGCUUUUCGAAGUUUCAAAGUAUGGGUUUAGAGUUUUUGAAGGCUACAGAUAAAUGUGACCAGUUCGAGUUUGGGAGCACGGAGUACUGGAGAUGUUACGCAUUAUGUAUGGUAGCAUCUACUGUAUUCCAUUGUGGUACUUGUGCUAUGGGUACUGUGGUGGACAAUCAAUUGAACGUGAUGGGAGUGCACAGACUUCGAGUAGUGGAUGCUAGUGUAAUACCUAAUCCUGUAAGUGGUAGCAUUUUUGCCCCCCUAGUUGCAGUUGCAGAAAGAGCAUCAGAUCUUAUAAUUAAAAGCAUCCAAUAG